AGACUCUCCGUCGAUUACCGAGCGGUAGUUUCGGCCGCGUUACUUGAUCUGCAGUUUUGCCGGAGGCCGUCGGGAACUUGAGCUGGAACCAUGUUUCGCAACCAGUAUGACAACGAUGUCACUGUUUGGAGCCCUCAGGGCAGGAUUCAUCAGAUUGAAUAUGCAAUGGAAGCUGUCAAACAAGGUUCAGCCACAGUUGGUCUGAAAUCAAAAACCCAUGCAGUGUUGGUUGCAUUGAAGAGGGCACAGUCAGAGCUUGCAGCUCAUCAGAAAAAGAUUCUCCAUGUUGACAACCAUAUUGGUAUUUCAAUUGCGGGGCUUACUGCUGAUGCUAGACUGUUAUGUAAUUUCAUGCGCCAGGAGUGUUUGGAUUCGAGAUUUGUGUUUGACAGACCUCUUCCUGUUUCUCGUCUCGUAUCUCUAAUUGGAAGCAAGACCCAGAUACCAACGCAACGAUAUGGCCGGAGACCAUAUGGUGUGGGGCUGCUCAUUGCUGGUUAUGAUGAUAUGGGUCCUCACAUUUUCCAAACCUGUCCAUCUGCUAACUAUUUUGACUGCAGAGCUAUGUCCAUUGGAGCCCGUUCUCAGUCAGCACGUACUUACUUGGAGAGACAUAUGUCUGAGUUUAUGGAGUGCAAUUUGAAUGAACUGGUUAAACAUGGUCUGCGUGCCUUAAGAGAGACACUUCCUGCUGAGCAGGACCUAACUACAAAGAAUGUUUCCAUUGGUAUUGUUGGUAAAGACUUGGAGUUUACAAUUUAUGAUGAUGAUGAUGUGUCUCCAUUCCUGGAAGGUCUUGAAGAAAGACCACAGAGAAAGGCCCAGCCUGCUCAACCUUCUGAUGAACCUGCAGAAAAGGCUGAUGAACCAAUGGAACAUUAAGUGAUAAACCAGUCUAUAUAUGUAUUAUUAAAUAUCUAAGAAUGCAGGAACGUAACUGGAUGAUAGUAAUCUAUACUUUAAGAAUCAGAAGAUGCAGAGUGGUAGAAUGGUAUGUUUUAGGAAUUAGUCCAGAUGUGAGUUUUUUCCAGGCAACCUAAUUGAAACUGUAUAAGGGGGUUCAUUUUUCUUUGAGAGGGUCUGUAUGAUCAUUUUCUAGAAAGUAUAGGGUAUCUGUACUGCUGUUUUUAUAUGAAGAACAUAGUGUCUUUGUGGUUUUAAAGACAACUAUGAAAUAAAUUUUCACCUGGU